AAGCCGCGACCGCAUCUUUGACCAAUCAAAAGUCAGGAUUGACCUCAGGCGUUUGUACUGUGGAAUGAAGGCUCUGGCGCGUAGCGACAAAACAGUUAAUAUAUUAAUGCAGAUUAACAAUAAUAUUAUCGGGAGUGUUCACUGUGGCUAUUUAUCCAGCUUUCACUAAAACCAAGUAAGCGACCGCCUCCGUUUACAGGAGGAAUGUGUGGGCUAGUUUGCUAAUGGCAAUGCUACAGUAGCUUGGCUGGCUCAUCUUUAGUUUUUGUUAAUACUGUCGCUGCGAGACAACAUAAGAUGAACAUUUCCUUCUACGCAGCAUUAAUAUUUCACAGCAUUAACUAAUAAAAUAGGGGUAAACCUGUUGGUUUGGGUGGACAACUGAAGAAUUCACAAUGAACUCAAAGCGCAACAACAGCGAAAGCGGAGCGGGUAGAAUCAACCCAGGCUCCGUUUCAGCAUCAGCAAACAGCAGCGCAUCCGCGAGCUCCUCUCACCGAAAACAAACUAUCAUCAACUCGUCCCACAAAGGAGAGAAGGAGGAGUGCAUGCAGAACGCGGCCCGCGACAAAAAUCUGUCCAUCUCCACACUCCGAACCCGCCUCGGACCGACCAUUCGGUCCACUCUGUCUGCGGCGGUGGACACUCUUCUGGGCGAGAUCGUGACGGUGCUGUCCGAGACCCAGCGCGAGCUCCAGACCAAAGAGCAAGAGAACGAGAAGCUGAAGGUCCGGCUCGAGGUGUCCGAGAGAGAGCUCAAGACGCUACAGGAGUGCCUGUGUAGCGCGCAGAAAUUAAUCGACCAGCUUCAGGGUCCCUUUGGAAACCCGCCCAUGACGGGACAUCAGGUGUACUCCACUGCUGGACACUUGAAUUCGAGCCGCCUGACUCACCGGAACGCACCUGAGCCGGACCCGCGCUGCUUUACUGGAGCUGAACCCGAGCUGAGUGGCGCUCUGGGCGAUGCCAUACACGGCUUUGACUCCAGGGAGGAAUUCAAGAGCUGCCACCUCUCCAUUCAGGCCGACGGGACGGUGACCAACAGCUUCUAUGACCCGAUAUCUGUGCAUUCAUCUAAUAUCUGCUCAGACAUGAACCGACCUGGUGAGAUGGUGGACGAUAGCAGAAGACUCUCACACACCAGACCCCAAAACCCUCCCUCACACCCCAGCUUCUCCAUCAAAGAGGAGCAGGUUCCCGGCUCUGGACAGCUGUGUGUUCAGGGCCGAGAUCCACCCACAGAAUCCGAGCAUUCAGCACAGAGUGUGUGUGAUCUGGCAUAUGUCCACGUGGUGGAGGAAGAAAGAGGCUCCCGUUCGCACCAUCAUCCCUCCAAACCCACCCCCCCACCUCCAUCCAGGCCUCAGAACGGACCCUCAUCUUCUCUCACAGACCCUAGUUCACCUACGCAGGGCACGUCUGGCCUUAGAUCCUCAGCCCAGAGAGAUUCUCCUGGUUUGGGUAUGAGCACUAGGAGGAGCCCAGGGGUUGGCGGUUCAUCUCCGGAAGAGCCCAUCCGGCGUUCCAUCUCCGAGCUGAUGGGGGAGGCCCCCGGGGAACGUCCUCAUUUAUGUCUAGAGUGCGGAAAGACUUUCCGUCUUAUUUCCAGCCUGAAGAAGCAUCUAAGGAUCCACACAGGAGAGAAACCGUAUCCGUGCACUGUAUGCGGCCGGCGUUUCCGUGAAUCCGGCGCUCUUAAGACUCACCUCCGCAUCCACACCGGCGAAAAGCCAUAUUCUUGCUCUGAUUGCGGCACGCAGUUUCGGCAUCUGGAUGGGCUGCGGAAGCAUCGCCGCACACACACUGGUGAAAAGCCCUACGUGUGCAGCAUCUGCGGGAAACGUCUCAGCCGCCUUCAGCAUUUGAAGCACCACCAGCGCAUUCACACAGGAGAGCGGCCGUGCUGCUGCCCACUAUGCCACCGAGGAUUUAAAGAUCCAGCCAGUCUGAGGAAGCACCUCCGUGCCCAUCAGGGGGAGCCAGGGGCUGAUGAAGCCUUAGGGAUGGCUGGUUUGGCAGAAGGCGAUGGAGGAUCUAUGGAUGAUGAGGAUAUGAGGUUCGGGAUGUGGGGGGAAGAGGAAGGGAAUGACGGCGAGCCUGUGGUGGACUGUGUGUAGUCCUCAUGCAUUUACAAAUAAGCAAAUAUCGAACCGUAUGGUUUUCAAUUAUGAACCUCUUUUUUUUUUUUGAAGGGACAACUUUUUUUCUACUUUGUAAAAGGAUAGUUCACCCAAAAAAACGAAAUCUGUCUUCAUUUACUCACCCUUUGCUUGUUCAAAACCUAGUUGAGUCUCUUUCGUCAUUGAACAUGCACUCAAAAAUAUAUAUAUUCUUUCGUAUGUUUAAAUUACUUAUUUACAAUGAGCUGAAACAACACACUUUUUGAGAUUAUUUUUGAAUAACUUAAUUUUUUAUGUUUAAUACACAUAAAUUUGUUAUUAGUGUUAAUAAUAGAUUUGAGUUGAGACAACAUGAAUGAAUUAUGUGGAACCCUGCAUUUUUUUAUAGUGUAAAGGAAAUUACUUUGAAGAAGGAUGAUCGAUGGAGCCUAUUGACUUCUUUAGUUUCUAUUUUUCCUCCUAUGGAAUCCUAGGAGUACCAUCAACCAGCAUUUUCCAAAAACACCUUCUUUUGUGUUCAGCGGAAGAAAGAAACUACAUCGGGAGAGUAAUUGGCGAAGUAAUUUUCAGUUUUUUGGGUGAACUAUCAAUUUAAGACUGAAAUAUGUUGAGGUCUAAAAGACAGUCGCUGCAUCUUGACCUCAAAUCUGUGGUGACGUUUUGUUGCAGCAUCUAUCUCUUUCGUUAAAGUAUGAUUAUGUAUCUUUUAACAUCAUAACAUGUUCCAAAUAUCAAGUACAUAUUAUCAUAUUCAAUGACACCACAGAUGUCACAUCAGAGACUGCAGAUCUUGCCGUCAUUUUUCUUACUAUGUGUGCUGUGUUUCAUUGUAAAAGCUGUUGACGCUUCAGUGGGACUAACAGGGUAUAUCUCGUACGAUCUGUUUUUCACAACUUCUGGGUGUAUUCAUUGGUGUAAUGAGCAUUUUUAUGUAAAAGAAAGCGUAGGAAAGAGCUAUUGUGGGGGAAAUUAAAGCCUUAACUGUGGUUUAAGUGCACAGGCUCACACACAGAUGUGCAUCAAGGGUUAAAUGAAGAUGUCGUGUUCAGGGUGAAAGGUGCUGAUCCAAAGAAUCAGAAAGGUGUGUGCCAGGAUUAAUUCAUGAGUUCACUUUGAGACUCAUCUAUAAAAAUGUAUCUACGUGUCCGACUUGGCUAUGUACUCAUCUGCGGAUUGUUUUUAAGGCUUCUUCGUUCAGAUUAGGUGUAAUAAGCCAGCAAUUUAAGGAAACAUUAAAAGUGGCGCCCUCUAGUGGACAUAAGAGGCAAAGACUGUUACUGCCAAGUUGCUUCACAAAAGAUGGAGAUGUCCUUUCUGUUGUGGCCAUAGCAUUAAUCUGUGUGGUUUUGUGAAAUACUUUUAUUUACACUGAGUUUUGUUUUUAUAUAUAUAUAUAUAUAUAUAUCCCAUUUUGUACAUUCAACCUGUAUAUUGUGUACAUUAAUCUCAGUUAGAUUUAGCCUUAACUACUUCAAGACGGUAACUGGAACUUUUAAAAAGAUCCAUGACAAUUGUUGUAAUAACUUUGGACUGUUUAAACAGUUUGCUUUUUAUUUUUCAAUAUUCUACUUUUCCCAGUGCCCAUGUGUGAUGUUGAGUUUAGGGAUGUUGUUGCAGAGGUUUGACGGCUGUGGUUCAUUUGUAGUUGGACCAACAAAAAGAUUGUAGUCACAGCCCAAAAACACCAGACUUAAUAGCCUAAUAUAAAUAUGCAGAACGGAAUGUUUAACAUUGAGAUCCUUAUUUGAGUGCUUAACUCACGCAACACUUCAGCCAAAUUGAUAAAAUUGAGUCGAUGAAUUUAGUGUGAACUUUUAUUCUCUAGAAUUAUUCGUCAUUGUAAGACAACCUCAAAAUAUAAGCAUUUUGAUAAGAAAACAUUCAAAUCUGUUGAUCAUUUUGUUAUAACACAAGCUUUCUUCUUGCAUAUUCUUCAGUGUGUAUAACCAGCCAUUUUACUCUUUUAUAACAAAGGGCACAGUCUUCAUCUCUUGUCUGUAACGCUUCAUAUUCCGAAUAAUGUACCAUCAUAUUAUAAUCAUUUACAAAUAAAACUUCAAGUGUAUUGG